GAAUUACGCCACACGAUCUCCAAGAUUCAUAAAGAGCCUUUCAUAGCUAGCAUCAGUCAAAAAUGAUGUUUCGAAUCUUGCCAAUCUUCGCCAUCUUGGCUGUUGCUCUGGCUGUACCAGUUGCUAAAACCGGAACUAACUCCCCUGCGACCGCUGGAUCAGUUGCUAAAGUCGGAACUAGCUCCCCUGUCUCUAAUGCACACAACUCCGGCCAAGAUAUCGUUGGAGACCUGGAGAAAAUCAUCGAAUCCGCCGAGCAUGCUAUCGAACAGCAAAUGAAGGAACUCGCUGACGAGUCUGCGAAGAUUGUGCACAAUGUGACCCACAAUGGCUUCGAAAUUCAAAAUGCUACCCAGAGACUCAUGGGCAAUGCCACACGUUUGCUCGGGAAAAUUCUGUGGGAAAUCCGGGAUGAAACUGCUAAAAUCGUGGACGAAGCAAAGAAUAUGGUCGAGAUCCAAAUUAAUCAAGCCGAGGCUGAUUUGAGCAACUUGGCAGAAAAGAUCGAAGGAGAGAAUGCUACUGCCACGAAUCAAACAUCCGGCGUUGUCAAGGAUGCCAUUGAAAAGUUAGUAAAUCUCAUCAAAAACGGCGAACAAGCUCUGGAAGAAGCUGAAGCUGAUUUGGCGAAAUCCAUAGCUCAGGUGCAGAAUGAUACCGUUAAGAUCUUCAACGAUGUUUUGGAAGGUGCGCACACAGCCUUACAGAAUGCUCUGAAGAAUGCUUCAGACUUGGCACAAGAGGCGAGUAAGGACGUUGCUGGUGUCCUAGAACAUGUGAAGGACAACGUGGACAAAGUCGGGAAUGAAACGAGAGCGCUCAUGGGCGCAGUUGUUGACGACAUCGAGAAAGUAAUCGGUGAAAUCAAACAGAACGUUACUAGCAUUGUCGACAAAGUGAAAGACCUUGUAAAUCAAACGAUAAGUAACAUUGAACAAGAAGCCGACAAGAUCGCCAACGAUGUCAAAAACAGCACUCAGGGUGUUGAGGAUGAAAUUGACAAAAUUGUUGCCGAUGUUCAGAAUGAGCUUUCAACGAUCGUAAACCAGACCACGGAAGGUAUUAAGAAUGUUACAGAGGAUAUUACAAACGAAAUCGGUACAGUUGUUAAUAGAGUUUCCGGUCUUAUCGAUAAAAUUCUGGUAUGCAUUUUAAAGAACACAGACAACAUCCUUAAAAAUGCACAGGAAAUCAUUGACUCUAUCCUGCAUAACAUCCAAGACAUGACUAAGAAGGGCGGCGAGAUUCUUCAGAAUAUAACACAGACGGUCGAAAAUGAAAUAAAGAACGUUGAGGGCAAUGCUACCAAAUUAGUGAACGACAUAAAGGACAACGUUAACCAACAACUGCAAAACAUCAAACACAUUGUUGGCAAUAUCACGAUCGGUUCCGGUAAGGUCAAGGAAGCCAUAGAAAACAGAAUUGACGAAAUUGCCAAGAACGCUAACAAAACUUUGGGUGAUAUGGAAAACGGCAUAAAGAACGUAUUAGACAAUCUAAGGAACAAUACUGAGAACAUCAUUAACAACUUGAAGAACAUCACAGAGUCUGGGGUUGGCAAUAUUUCGCAAAGUAUCCCGAAAAUUAUGGAAGAUCUUAAAAAUGUCAGUCGUAACACUUUUAACGACAUACGCUCCGUCACGGAAAUCGGUUUGCACGACGCUUCGGUGAUUGUUUCUAAUUUAGCCCGCGUUGCCUCAGACUUUGCUGGUCAUCUUGGAGAAGAUGCUAACGAUUUCCUAAAGGAUGUUGCGUCUACCGUCCACAACAUCACCGCCGGUAUUUCAAACGGUAUUCAUAAUAUCUUGCACGGCGCGGUAGGGCAAGCCGAAAAUGUCGCAGACCAUGUUGUCAAGGGAUUAGGGGACGCGGCUCAAACCGUUGGAAACGAUAUUAAGAACGUGGUGAAUGGAACUGCUCAUCUUGCUGGCAACUUGGUUCACAAUGUCGCAGACGGUGUAAAAAAUUUGGUGAACGUUACCGGACACCUUAUCGGUAAUUUGGCCCAUGGUGUCAAUAACGGUUCAAAGGAUAAUGUAAAUGCUGAUAGCCACAAAGUUGGUACCUCAGCCAAUGCUAUUGGAAACGGUGUAAGCAAUGCUGUAAACGUUGGUAGCCAUGUUGCCGACGAUGUGGUCAAGACUGUUGAAGAUGGUGUAGGGGGUGCAUUAAAAACAGGUGCUAACAUCAUUGGAGACAUAGGUAAUGGGAUUGCUGACCUGUUUGGUUAAAUAUUGAAUGGGAAUCAUGCAUCCAAGAUUAUCUGCGAUGAAACAGCGACGUGAAGAACGGAAAACUAUAGAACAAUUAAAUAAAAUAGUUUUUAAUCGUGGAAAAUCAGCACCACGCUUCAGCAUUAAAUUUUUAAUGAAACAAAUAAACAACUGACCUGCCGAAGACUGAUAUAAGUUUGAUUUAAAUAAAAAUUUAUAUAUUAUUCUAUGUUGUAAGUAAUGGUUAUUUGUUGCAUUAAUAAAAAAAAUAGAGUAAAUAAAAAGUGUGUUCAAAUUGGCCCUACAAAUUUAUAUCACUGAAACGUUAUAUUAAAUUGUAGCUCUGAUGGGUGUUUAUCAUUCCAGCAUGAUUAUUCUGUCAUUUCUAGACUUCCAUCUUCUGUCAAUGUCAAACAUGUACAUAUAUUGGCUGGCCAGAUGAAGCAUUAUCUAUAAUCAAUGUUUAUAAUAAAAUUUAGAUUUUAUUCAAA